AGUGCGACACUACACACAAAACACACAAAAUUUUAAAAGCUACGACGCUGACCUUCUAUUUUUUUGGAUCCUUGGCCUCUAUUACUCAGUGGUGUACUGGCAAGAAGACAGCAUCGAAGCAUGAGCGCGGAUCCUGAAGCGCCGUCGGACCCGUCGCGUUUGAGCGGCGGUCACAUUGUGCGGAAUAUGAUCUACGCACACGACCAGGACCACAACCUUGAAAUUGUGUCCGGCUGGUCAGAGCAGGGGACGCGCGAGUACAACCAGGAAAUAGUGCGUCCUGCUAAUGUAAACAUGAACAAGUAUCACCCUUGCUUCGCUCUCAAUCGAGACCUGCUGCGCUGCUCUGAGAGCUGCCCGCCGGAGAUGAAGCUGGGGGGACGAACCGCCACGUGUUACUCGGAACGGAAGCUGCUAAUGCAGUGCCUCGUGAAGAACAAGAAGUGGACCCCGGCGAGUGCGCCGAAGAAGUCGUGGUACCAUUUUUGGUGA